AUGCUGUCUUCUCCAGCCCUCAUCGACAUACCCGCCCACAUCCUCCAUGCCGAAUUGCUCCGCCGGCAAGAAGAGACCGAUGAGCGGCCAAAGUGCGAGACAAAAGGCGGCAAGGGGCAGUACAACACAACGCUGCAUGUCUUUGCCCUGCUGCUCAUCCUCACCCUGAGCACAGCGGCUUGCUCCUUCCCAAUCAUCGUCAAGCGCUUUCCCUCGAUCCCCGUCCCCCACCAGUUCCUCUUCAUCUCACGACACUUUGGCACCGGCGUCCUCAUAGCCACCGCUUUUGUCCAUCUCCUCCCCACUGCCUUCGAGUCCCUCACCCACCCAUGUCUGCCUCACUUCUGGAACAAGCGCUAUCCCGCCAUGCCGGGCCUUGUGGCUAUGACAGCCGUCUUUGUGGUUGUGAGCAUUGAAAUGUUCUUUGCAGCACGCGGAGCGGGACAUGUGCAUUCGACGGGCUAUGAGAACCUUGGUCUGGACUCCUCUCAAAAUGGCGCCCGUCCAGCCCACAAGAGGAGCCAUAGCUACGGCAUGUACAGCAACGGUAUGCCAGGGGCCAGUGGCCUUGCGCCAGGUAUUGUGCUCCAUGAUGUCGAGUCCUCGACCAACUUGAUGGCUGGACGAUCGCCCUCCGUUUCGGCUGCAUCGCCCAUGACCCCUACCAUGCCCAUUGACGCACGGAAUCAAAAGUCCAUGGACAAUGACGAUGACGACGAUGAUUCUGAUCUGGAGAUUACUAGAGAGGAACUGGCUCAUCAGGAUGCCGAAGAUUCAGAAGACGAAUCCCGCCUGCUACCAGGACCUCACACCCACCAGCAGCACAGCCAUGGCCGCGGCGAGUCGUCCGAAACCCCUGAAAAGUCGGACGCCCAAAAUAAGAAGCUCCUGCUUCAAUGCUUGCUGCUCGAAGCUGGUAUCCUUUUUCACUCUGUCUUCAUCGGCAUGGCCCUUUCAGUGGCAACCGGCACUGCUUUCGUUGUACUUCUUACUGCAAUAUCCUUUCACCAGACUUUUGAAGGAUUUGCACUCGGUGCGAGAAUCAGUGCUAUUCGCUUCCCGGCGGGAUCACCGAAGCCCUGGCUCAUGGCAAUGGCCUAUGGCACAACGACCCCUAUCGGCCAAGCCAUAGGACUGGCGAUCCACACCCUUUACGACCCUGCAAGUCAAGCUGGCUUACUAACCGUAGGCUUCAUGAACGCCAUAUCAAGUGGCCUGCUUCUAUUCGCCGGCCUGGUCGAGCUUCUUGCCGAAGACUUUCUCAGUGACGAGAGUUACGUCACCCUGCGUGGCAAGCGACGACUACAGGCAUGCGCCAGCGUUUUGGGAGGGGCGUACCUAAUGGCACUUGUCGGCGCAUGGGCAUAA